AUGAUCAAAUAUAUAUAUUUUCUUUUAUUGAUAUCUCUGGUAUCAUCCUUUGAUAUCAAUACGGAUAUUGAUAACGACUUUACAAUCACCUGUGAAUUAUUAUUAAACGAUGGUAGUUCAACUUGUAAUAAUAUUUCAACAAACUAUGCUACCUGUUCAAAUAUAACCUUAUGCUUAAAUUGGUUAUAUGAACAACAAGCCUCAAAUUCAAUGUAUAAUACAACUGUCAUUUUGAUUGCAGAUGGUAAAUAUGAUGAUUGUCCAGGUGCUAUCAAUACAUUCCCACAAUCCGAACUACAUGUAUUCUAUUCUCCUGGAUAUUCGCUGUUUACGUGUGAUGGUCAAUUCGUAAGUGUCAAUAUGACCUACCCAACCAGUGUAACUUUUCAGAAUAUAGGAUUCAGCGGAUCAUUACAAUUCCCUCAGACAAAGGGUGGUCUCCUUGGAUUCUCUAUACAGCCAGAGUAUCUAAGAAAUGAAAAACCUGCUAUCUCUUUGGUAAACGUAGAGGUAUUCCAAUCGAGUGUGAAUGGCAACGGUUCGGUGUUAUACGCAAGUGGAUUUCACGUGGAUUUCAUCGACUCUUCUUUUGAGAAUUGCAACUCAACCAUGAAUGGCGGUGUUCUAUACGCAGAGGGUGACAAUACCAAGGUAUCGCUCAUCAACUCUCGAUUCACAUCGAAUGGUGCCGAUGAAGAGGGUGGCGUUAUCUACGGUGACAAUGUAUUUUCGCUCAACUCUACAUUCAUUGGAAACUCGGCUUUGUAUAAUGGUGGGGCCAUCUUCAGUGUUUACAACAUGUUUUUGAAUCUGAGUACAUUCAUUGACAAUCAAUGCGUGGACAGUGGUGGCGGUGUCUCUGGUAGCCAAAAUUCAACGACCAUAGCAAACUCAUUAUUCCAAAAUAACUAUGCCUAUAGUGGUGGUGCGCUCUGGUGUUCAACCAACUCUAAAAUUGAAAAUACAACAUUCAUUGGCAAUCGAUGUACACAAAAUGGUGGAGGUUUGUAUGUAGGAGGGAAUCUUCUGAUGACCAACUCUACAAUCAAUGGAUCGAUUUCUUACAACUGUGGUGGAGCUAUAUAUAUCGAUCAAAUAGUAACAAGUGUUCAGGUGCAAUUCUCUAACUUUAACGAUAACAAAGCGAUAGCAGGAGGCGCUAUAUGUGAUUUUGCCAAGAAUUUGACUGUUUUCAAUUCUACCUUCAAUGCUAACCAUGCCAAUACUGGUGGAGCAAUCAAAUCAUAUUACUCUGAACUAAACUUUAUGGGCACUGAAUUUACCAAUAAUGUAGCUUCUGAACUAGCAGGUGCAGUCUAUUUUGCAAUCUAUCCAAAUCAAUUCUUGGGUGGUGUAUACACUGAUAAUAUUUGUAAAGCAAGACCAAUCUCCAAUACCUUUAACCACCAAGCUACUAUCAAUGGAAAGAUUAAUGUUGUCAAUGUUUCUUUGGCUUUGCUAACUGAUAAUCAAGAAUAUACAGUACCAAUAAUAUACAAUACAGGUUCAUCAUAUGCAAAAGCAUAUAAUGUACAAGGUCAGUGUAUUAAUGGAGUUGCUUCUAUAAAUACCGAUGGUCAGUUACUCAAUUGUCAAUGUUUCAGUGGAUACUCAGUUGAAUAUGCAGAACAAAUUGGUUUUAGUUUAUCACAAUAUAAUGAAAUUGUAAAUGAUAUACAUAAAAAUAUUUUCAAUUAUUUAAAAUCAGAUCAAAUCGAUAAAAAGAAACUUCCAAAUAUAGAAAAAGAUCUUAAUAUAAUUCAAGAAUGUUUUCAACAGAUGAAGUUUAAUUAUAUUGAAAUUGGAAGUAAACAAAGAUUUAUGCAAUCGAUCAUCAGUUUGGAUUCCAAUUUAACAUCACCAUCACCAGAGGCAACCAAUCAACUGGAGAGUUCUAUCUCCAAAGGCAAAAAGGAUUUCAAAGAACUAAAGGACAUUAAUGUCAGGCUGGCAAAUGAGGUGAUUGCCAUCAUCAAUCAGAUUGCAGAGGACGACCAGAUCCUUCAGAAAGAACGUGAGAAUAUCAAGCGAUUGCUAGACGAUGCCAACGAGCAAUUGGAUAAACUCUACUCAAUGGACCAAACCAUCGAAGAGAUGCAGAAGAGCGAUAAUAAAUUGAUAACUAACAACGAUCGUCUGCUGGCUACCAUCGAGUGGUAUCAACCGUAUGUCAAGGUAAUUGAGAAACUUCAGGGCAUUAGAAUGACAGCCGGCAAUUCCAACGCCAAGGAAUUACAAUUUGAACUGACGGUCAUGGCUGUUCAACAUCAAGUAGCGAUCAAACUGGAUCAAUCGAGACAAUCGAUUAUAUCACUGAACAUGCAGCCAACGCCUUUGAGACACAUCGACUAUCUCACAGAGGAUUUCUCAAAUAUUAGUGAAUUGGCGACACUCGUAGAGGAACUGACAUUUGCACUCACCAAUCACUAUCGUAGAGAGAAGGAGAUCAAAGAACUCUCGAAAUCCUAUCACAUCCAACGUUUGCAACACUCCAAUGAGAAUACCAAUGGCUGUACCAUUGCAGUAUCACUCCAAACCGGUCACACCUGUAUUAUAGUUUUUGAAUCUGAUUAUCCACUUCAUCCAAAUGUCCAUCUCUAUUUGAAGUCAAUCACAAAGAAUGACAUCCAAAUAGAAUUUAAUGAAAUUAAAAAACAUUUACAGGAAACCAAAUAUGAUUUACAACAACUGAUAGAACAACUUUUAAAUUAUUUCAGAGAUAAAGAAAAUAUUUAA